AUGUGGAGCUCCACAACGAGGAUGAUGCUGGCCGUUGCAGCCAUAGCGGUCAUGAUGUUUCUCUCAUCUGCUUCAGCCGACAACGUUGUUACGCUAACCGAGGACACCUUCGAAAACGAGGUUGGCAAGGAUCGUGCCGCUCUCGUGGAGUUUUACGCCCCCUGGUGUGGACACUGUAAAAGGCUUGCCCCGGAGUACGAACAACUCGGAGCGAGUUUCAAGAAAACGAAGUCCGUGUUGAUUGCGAAGGUGGAUUGUGAUGAACAUAAAAGCGUUUGCAGUAAAUAUGGGGUUUCUGGCUACCCUACCAUUCAAUGGUUUGCUAAGGGAUCUCUAGUACCAAAAAAGUAUGAAGGUGCACGUACUGCAGAAGCCCUUGCUGCGUUUGUGAACAUUGAAGCAGGUACUAAUGUGAAGAUAGCUUCUGUUCCAUCCAGCGUGGUAAUUCUCUCUCCAGAUAACUUUGAUGAGGUUGUUUUGGACGAAACAAAAGAUGUUCUGGUGGAAUUCUAUGCACCAUGGUGUGGUCACUGCAAGGCCCUUGCCCCUACUUAUGAAAAGGUUGCUGCAGCAUUUAACCUGGAUGAAGAAGUGGUCAUAGCCAAUGUUGAUGCUGACAAGUAUAAAGAUUUGGCAGAGAAAUAUGGUGUCAGUGGCUAUCCUACCCUGAAGUUUUUCCCAAAAAGCAAUAAAGCUGGUGAAGAUUAUAGUGGUGGUCGUGAAUUGGAUGAUUUUGUAGCCUUCAUCAAUGAGAAAUGUGGCACCUACCGUGAUGGGAAGGGGCAACUUACUUCUAAAGCUGGAAUAAUAGAAACUCUGGGUGACUUGGUGAAGGAGUUUGUGAGUGCUGAUGAUAAUGAGAAGAAGACAGUAUAUUCCCAGCUAGAGGAGGGAGUUAAGAAGCUUAAGGGUUCUGCUGCCAGAUAUGGCAACCUCUACUUAAAACUUGCAAAAAAGAGUAUGGAACAGGGUUCAGACUAUGCAAAGAAUGAAAUUCUUCGUCUUGACCGCAUGCUUGAGAAGUCAAUCAGUCCAACAAAAGCAGAUGAAUUCACUCUGAAGAAGAACAUCUUAUCCACAUUUGCUUGA